ACCGACUCUUCAUUUCUGCUUCCAUGAUUGUGUCGAAGGUCAUCUGCGACGAUACGUACUCGAACAAGUCGUGGUGCAUCAUGGGUCAGGGUAUGUUUGUGUUGCGGGAGAUCAAUCAAAUGGCGGGUGAUGCGCAGCUGCCUCGAUUGGGAGUUGAACAUCGAGCCGUUGCUCUUGAAGGAGUUCAAAGCAAAGGUGAAGAAGGACUUUGCCGGCCCGGGACCCUACCCGACGUACACCGUGCCGCGACCGUUGUUGUCGCAGCCCGCCCAGCCUGUCAUCCCCGAUGUCAACCCACCACCACUCCCGCCCUUCAUCCACGCCACCCGGAAAGCCGCCUCAAGCUCUCGUCAAACCCUCUCCCGCCGCCACCCGUCCCCGUCCUCAUCCCCUAUGCUCCUCGCCCAUGUCCUCUUCACCGCCAAUGCCGCCAGAUGGGGGUGAUAUCAUCAUCAACUAGACGCUUGAGCUCUCAACGUUGAGCUGUCGUUCCUGAAGGAGUAUGAGGCCAAGGUCAAGAUGGAUUCCGAUGGCCCGUGGCCCUAUCCGACCUACACUGUGCCACCAUCACUGUCAUCGCAGCCCGCCUGGUGUGUUGUCCCCAACGUCAACGUGCCGCCGCUUCCCCGUUCACUCAAAUUCCUCAUCAAAUCCCUUGGCACCACCGCCCAUCCCCACCUCCCUAUGAGAAACUGUAUCCCAUCUGCUGCCGCUCACUCCCGAUACCCUGUCUUGUAUUCCGAAUCCUCCGCGCCCGCGUAUUCCUUGCCGCCG